CGCUCGUCACUGCGGCCCAUGCACGUGGCCUAAUGUUUCCGGGUCACGUGGCGGAAAUCGCCACAGUUGGGUGCGGUGGGGUGCUGGGGAGGUUGGGCCGGCUCCGUCCUCCCAAGAUGGCUUCGCUCCUUCAGUCGGAGCGCGUCUCCUACCUGGUGCGCGGCGAAAAGGAGAUCCGCAUGCCGCUCUCGCAGCUGUAUUUCUGCCGCUACUGCAGCGAGCUCCGCUCCCUCGAGUGUGUUUCGCACGAGGUGGAUUCUCACUAUUGUCCCAGCUGCUUGGAGAAUAUGCCUUCAGCUGAAGCCAAGCUGAAAAAAAAUAGGUGCGCUAAUUGUUUUGAUUGCCCUUGCUGUAUGCACACCCUUUCUACCCGAGCAACAAGCGUUCCUGCUCCAUUGCCUGAUGAUCCAGCCAAGACUACAAUGAAAAAAGCUUAUUAUCUGGCCUGCGGAUUUUGCCGCUGGACAUCCAGGGAUGUUGGCAUGGCAGAUAAAUCAGUUGCCAGUGGAGGUUGGCAGGAACCUGAAAAUCCUUAUACACAAAAGAUUAAUAAACUGGUAGAAUAUUAUCAGCAGUUGGCUCAGAAGGAGAAGAUGGAAAGAGAUCGUAAAAAAUUAGUUCGACGGCGACCAUACAUGCCACUGGCUUUUUCGGACAAAUAUGGUCUUGGAACAAGACUCCAGCGUCAGAGGCCUGGGGCCCCCAUCAGCGCCCUUACCGGACUUUCGCUGAAGGAAGGAGAGGACCACAAGGAAAUAAAAAUUGAACCAGCUCAGGCUGUGGAAGAAGUAGAACCUUUACCUGAGGAUUAUUACACAAGGCCAAUCAAUCUAACAGAAGUGACAACCUUAAAGCAGCGCCUCCUGCAGCCAGACUUUCAGCCCAUCUGUGCUUCUCAACUUUAUCCACGUCAUAAGCACCUUCUGAUCAAACGCUCAUUGCGAUGCAGGAAAUGUGAACACAAUUUGAGUAAACCAGAGUUCAAUCCUACAUCCAUCAAAUUCAAAAUUCAGUUGGUUGCUGUCAAUUACAUCCCAGAAGUGAGAAUCAUGUCUAUUCCUAAUCUGCGCUAUAUGAAGGAAAGUCAGGUUCUUCUAACCCUAACCAAUCCAGUGGAAAACCUUACCCAUGUGACACUAAAAGAAUGUGAGGAAAAUGAUCCUGAUGAUAUUAAUAGUACUGCAAAGGUGAUUGUUCCUUCCAAGGAGCUAAUCUUGGCUGGCAAAGAUGCAGCAGCAGAAUAUGAUGAAUUGGCAGAACCUCAAGAUUUCCAGGAUGACCCUGACAUUAUAGCUUUUCGGAAGGCUAACAAAGUUGGGAUAUUCAUCAAAGUUACUCCACAGAAAGAAGAAGGGAAAGUUACUGUAAGCUUUAAGAUGAAACAUGAGUUCAAAAAUCUUGCUGCUCCAAUCCGCCCCACAGAGGAAUGUGAUCAGAGUUGUGAAGUCAUUUGGCUCACUCAUCAUGUGGAGCUCAGCCUGGGCCCUCUGCUUCCCUGAAGUUUGUGUCUUAACUAGAUGCUAAAUGAUGGUUACCUGCUACACUGUGUCUUAGAAAAUGCAUUCUGAUAAAAUGCUGAAAAUACUGUUUUACAGAGAUUCCUUGGAAAGUGAAAUUUCAGCCAAAAAAUGUAGAGUUGAAAGAGAAACCCUUCUCUUUACAUCCAUUAUGUGAACUAUUGGUUCUGCCACUAUGCUACAUGCAUAGUCAGAGUUACAAUACAACCUUAGCGUGCAUGUUUGUGGUUACCUUCUAUUCUUCCUCAAGAAAAAUCACACUAGCUCCUUGCAAAAAUUUUUACUAGCUUUCCUUGCACCAGUUUAACAAAGCUAGCAUUGGCCACAGUCUCUUUCCUUUUCUGGUACAUUUUCUCAUAAGAUGAUUACUAUUUUUCGAUAGUAGUAAUUAUUCCAAGUAGUCUUCUUAGUAAAGCAGUAAGCAGCAGCAGCAGCAUGAAAUGUCUUGCUUUCACUAUCUGUCAUCCAUCUCAAAUAUUACUGAUAAGUUUUUUUAAUGUACCAAUUGUGACUUUUCAUGGGAUGUGCUCUUGUUCUGGACAAUUCCUGAAAGGAAGAAAAUUAAGAAAAUAGCUUAUGUAUGUCAUAUCAAUAUUAUUAUAGUUGGAGGAUUUAACUUCUUAUGUUGGAGAAUGCAUAUUUAAAGGGAAAUGCAAUUUAGGAUAGUUGCAUUUGUGCCGUAUUGCAUUUAUUGAAGCAAAGAUCCCAUUGGGGAAUUGGGGCAGGCACUUGUGUUUUUCUUAAAUUAUUCCUUUAGGAAUGGGAUACUGACCAAAGAUAGUUCAUGAUGAUUUUAAUUACUUUUAGUAUGUAAAUCUGAAAUUUAAGACCUCUUGGGAAAGUAGGUACCACCAUCCACUGUGCAGUUUUGCACUGAAUGUAUAAGAUCUUAUUUCUGUACUGAAUGGCUUUUGUUAGGCUUUAUUAGUAGGAAAGUGAAUAAAUAAAUUAUUAUAAAGUAUAAUUCCCAAGAUUUGGGUCUUGAACGUCAAUGAUUUGAAAUUUAAUAUUGUAGCACUGCAUACACAUUGUAUGUAAUGGGAAAGUGAAAAGAUCUGAUUGCAGACUGUUGGCCAUGGGCACACAUUACAGUAUGAUUACUUAUCAUGUAGUCCAAGAUUGGGAUGGAGAAGAUGAAUAGAAAUGUAUAAAUGGGAGAUGUACUCAAGGCUCUUGGAAAUAUAUUUUCUAUUUUGUUAGGAGGUAUGUUUAAGUAGUCUUAAUUGGUUUAAUUUGAAUAAUUUAAAUUUGAAUAAAAGUUGCACCUUUCUAGUUUGUGCAAUUGAUGUAAAAAAAAGUUUGAUGUAGAUUAUAUACAUUGUAAAGCAUGAAUUUAAGAAGUCUGGGCAAUAUUUAUUCCUCAAUAUGUAGUACAGUAUUAGUGUCUGCUGUUCUCAAUUUAUACACUAACUGCAGUUAAUCCUUGAUUUAACUUCCCACGCUAUAUUAGUUCAGUUGAUAAGUUGGGAUAAUAUUGCAAUGAACUGAUAUAUAUUUAAGUAACCUUGUAAAGCACAUAGAAAUGUUGGGCAUACUUGACAUUCUUUUUUCUUUUUUUAAUCUUUUAGAAUGUAGGAAUAUUUGUACAUAUCCCACU